AUGCCGUUCGUGGAGCUGGAGACCAGCCUGCCGGCAGAGCGGCUCCCGCCGGGGCUGGCCCUGGAGCUCUGCGCCGCCGCUGCCGACAUCCUGGGCAAACCGGCGGAGCGGGUGAACGUGACGGUCCGGAGCGGGCUGCCCAUGGUGCUGUCGGGCUCGGCGGAGCCCUGCGCCCAGCUGGUCGUCUCCUCCAUCGGCGUGGUGGGCUCGGCGGAGCAGAACCAGCGGCACAGCGCUCGUUUCUUCGACGUCCUGACGGCCAAGCUGGGCCUCGGCCCCGAGCGGAUCAUCAUCCGCUUCUACCCACUGGAACCCUGGCAGAUUGGCAAGAACAGAACAGUCAUGACAUUCCUGUGAUCCCUUCAGCAGCCAGCUGGAACAAAGCAGUGAUGAAGACAGCCCAAAGAUGAGCAGCUUUAUCUACUUGUUUCCUCUUAUGAUCAAAUCUGUGUAGCUCUGCACUUUCACCUCUAGCAUUCACUUCAUGUCUUUGAAUUCUGUGCACACGAAGCUCAAGAGUGAGGCACUCAGCUGUACUGAUUUUAUUAAAAUAGUUCAAGGUCUUUGUCUUGAGCCUGUCUCGUAGUCCAGAGGCUCUCCUUGUGUCUGUGGCUAAGCUACUGCAGUGUGGUGAUGGCCAUAGAGCAGUGAAAAGUUUCAUUCCAGAACACAUUUGGCUUUGUUGGGGACCAGAGGAGUUCUUGACUUCAUCCAGAUUUCUUCAUAUUUUGCAAGGCAGAAGGAUCCUUCUUUUUCUUUCCUUGUGGCAGCAGAAGGGUCCCAGGCUGGCUAAGAAGACUUGGGAGUCAAAUUCUUCUCUUUACAGGCUCCCUGAAAGCCCUUUC